CAAGAGCAUCAUUUUUUGGGUCCGCUUUCUCGUGAUAACUAAUGACCUUUACUAACUAAUGACCUUUACUGUUCAACAUGUCUGGUGAUCUCAAAGGAGAAAAUCCAAUUGCUGAAGCAACGGGCUUGACAGAUCCUGCAGCCACUUUUGAGAAAUUGAAAGAACUUCUCAAGACCAAAAAUGAUACCUCAAGAUUCGUUGGUCUUGCACUUCUCAAGAGCGUCCUUGAUAAUGGACAGUUAGUAAAGGACCCAGAUCGAAUGCAUAUAUUAUGGGAGGCACUUUCGCCAAAAUUUCUUGACCGUCUCCUUCGAGCUCAAGAAAACGACAAAGUCAGCAACGCUGAGGCAAAAGAUAUGGUUGAUCUGGCAGUGGCCAUUCUUCAUACACUUACCAACUUGUUACCAGAGAACGACCUCAAAGAGAAGAGGCUGACGGCGAGGAUAGGCCCACUGACCAAAGCAUUGGUGCAAAGGUAAUUGCUACUUCCCCUGUCAAACUCAAAGUCUAACAUCAAAGCAGUUCACCAGAAACAACUGAGCUGGUUCUUAAAACCCUCCUUACUAUAGUGGCGCACUCAGAAGGGGCUAUUAGAUUCCUCUCUGUAGAUGACUUUUCACCCCUCACAGAAAUUGCAACCCAAUAUCGCUUGGUACUUGACGUCUUCACUUAUAGCUGGAUGAAUGCUUCAGUUGUCAACGAUGAAGUCGCAACAGUUCGUGCAAGUCUUGACAAAAUUAUUCCCGCCCUCCUUGUUGUCUUCAAACAGACAGACGCAGUCACACUGAUUCAAUCACUGGGUAGCUUCUUUCCCAAACUGGAGCCCGAGGUAAGUUAAGUACAUACACUCGUCCAAAUAACAAUCUGAAUUUUAUCAGGCUCUCAAUCCAAAUCCAGCAUGGCUCACUGCUUUAAUUUCCACUUUGCGAAAGCUGGUGUCUAGAAAGCCUACUUUGGCUGGACGAGCUGCUUAUACGUGUCUCGCUGCUGCAUUACUCCAGGCAUAUCCAGCGCGAUGCCCAAUCUUGCUAUUCAAAAAUGAUGUCUCAGAUACUGCUGAGAGCAAACCUUUCUCAUACCUCCUUAUUGAUCUGCUCCUCAUAGACUUACGCGCAUCCUUCCCUUCAUUACUUGCUCAGCUCAACAGUACAGAGUACACUUUUACAUCUCAACGCCUAGCGGCCGCCUUCGAUAUUCUCUCUAGCUUCAUAGGUUUCCUUGUUCGAAGCCUUGAUGACGAAGGGGAUGGCAUUCCAGCAUUCAGUAUGCCACCAGAUCUUUUACUGAAAUUAAGAAAGGACAUUGCUGAAACUACUUCUCUUACGAUCGAAUACCUUCGGGAUAGAUGGGAUUCAUCUUUUGCAGGAGCGUCGGGCUUGCACCCAUCAGCACGUAUUGGAACUGCGGCUACCUCCGAAGGCACGCGACUCACCCUGACAUGGGAAUCUAUGAAAGACAAUGUCAUGACCGAUCCACUGAUUUUGGCGGGCAUCAGGGCGUUGUCAAUUUGGAUCCGCGAGGACGAGAACGAAAACUUACGGAAUGAGAGUAGCGGCCUCAUGGACAUGUUUAUGGAGCUUUAUAAAGAGAGCAACAAAAAUGCCGUGGAUUUCCGCUAUCCGAUCUUGCUUGCAUUGGAAGUCAUCGCACUUUACGACAACGGGGUUCAGGGGUUCCUAGAGCAGAGUGGUUGGGAAAUACUCGCCAAUGACCUUCAAUCCAUCUUCCAGACACUGCUAGGAUCCCAUUCGCCAAAUGACUCCUCGGGUAUCUCAGAAGCCUCCCGAGGUCUCCAAAUUGUCCGUGUAUUACUCGCUGUUUUGGAUAAUCCCACGGCAUCAUUCCCACAAGAAGAGUGGUUGGCCGCAAUUCCCAUGACGGCCUCCAUAAAGCCAACCAAGAGCGCAAAUCCAAUCAUUCUUGAACUUCAAAUUGCUGCCCUUCAACUCUCUACCGCGCUUCUGACGAAGGUAGCGGGGGGAACGCAGAAGAGGUACGUUACUAGUAUUCCGGCUUUAUCGGGGCUCGUGAGCCAGUUGAGACCGCUCGUGAAAGGGGGAGAUCCGGGAGAGGUAGCGGAGUUGAUGGAGCUUUUGGAAGAUGUUUCUUUGGAACUGGAGAAUUUGCCGAGGGUGAAGUGAUUCUCGUGGUUAGUGAUAUUAAUUUGAGCUCUCUUCUAAGAUACAUUUGAGAUGUUGUUAAUUGCUUUUUGUAGGUUGGUAUUCGGGGUUCUCUUGUAUAACGAUUCAGUGGUUUGUGUCACAUGUAUGAACUCAUGCUACUGUCUCCCGUAUAUCCCAUCCCCAAAAAUGAACCCCUUAUCAACUGAAAAUUGGCAUGACACAGCUACCUCACGUUUGAGAAGUUUGGAUUCUUAGUUAAGAAAGAAAAGAUUUG